CAUCUGCUCGAUGUGCGGGCUGAGCUUCGAGGGGCUGAGCUUUGAUGGAGGACCACAUGACGGGGCACAACAAGGAGAAACGUUAUCAGUGUGACGUGUGUGCCAAGGCCUGGCGGUACCCGAGCGAGCUGGAGAGCCACCGGCGGGUGCACACGGGAGAACGGCCCUUCGACUGCUCGGACUGCGGCAAGAGAUUUACCCGCUAUGGCAACCUGCUGCGGCACAACCGCUUGCACACCGGCGAGAGGCCCUUCACCUGCUCCGACUGCGGCAAGAGCUUCACGACGGCGAAUCACCAGAAAAGACACCAGCGGGUGCACACGGGCGAGAAGCCCUACAGCUGCUCAACCUGCGGUAAGAGCUUCAAGUCGUCACAGGACCUGAAGGAGCACAGGCGCCUGCACACCGGGGUGCGCCCCUACACCUGCAGCGACUGCGGCAAGGGUUUCACCCUGUCCAGUCACCUGAAGGUGCACCAGCGCACCCACACCGGGGAGCGCCCCUACACCUGCAGCAACUGUGGCAAGGGUUUCACCCAGUCCAGUCACCUGCAGGUGCACCAGCGCACCCACACCGGCGAGCGCCCCUACACCUGCGCCCAGUGUGGCAAGGGCUUCACCCACUCCAACACCCUGCUGGUGCACCAGCGCACCCACACCGGCGAGCGCCCUUACACCUGCACACAGUGUGGCAAGGGCUUCACUCAAUCCUGUCAUCUGCUGUACCACCAGCGCACCCACACCGGCGAGCGCCCCUACACCUGCACCCAGUGCGGCAAGGGCUUCACCCGCUCUGACAGCCUGCUGUCCCACCAGUGCACCCACACCGGGGAGCGACCCUACACCUGCGCCCAGUGCGGCAAAGGCUUCACCCACUCCAACAGCCUGCUGUUGCACCAGCGCAACCACACCAGCGAUCGCCCCUAUACCUGCGCCCAGUGCGGCAAAGGUUUCACCAAGUCCUGUCACCUGCUGGAGCACCAGCGCACCCACACCAGCGAGCGUCCCUACAACUGUGCCCAGUGCGGCAAGGGCUUCACCCGCUCCAGCACCCUGCUGUCCCACCAGCGCACCCACACGGGCGAGCGCCCCUACACCUGCACCCAGUGCGGUAAGAGCUUCACCCGCUCCAGCACCCUGCUGUCCCACCUGCGCAUGCACACCGGCGAGCGCCCCUACACCUGCGCCCAGUGCGGCAGGGGCUUUAUUCAGUCCAGCAACCUGCUGGUGCACCAGCGCACCCACACCGAGUAGCACCCCUAUACCUGCGAGCAGUGCGGCAAGGGCUUCACCCAAUCCUAUCAGCUGCUGGUGCACCAGCGCACCCACACCGGCGAGCACCCGUACACCUGCACCCAAUGCUGCAAGGGCUUCACCAACUCCUACAAGCUGCUGUCUCACCAGCGUGUGCACGCCGCCGACCGUCCCGUUCCCACCCCGGUGUGUGGAGAGCACUUUACCAUGACCUCCCACGCCCUAUCUCACCCGCGCGUGCACACCAGUGUCCAGCCCUACGACUGCCCGUGCUGCGGUGAUGAGUUUGACAGCUCGCGGAGGUUGCGGCAGCACCGGCGGACCCACGCCAGCGAGCAGCUGCUCCCACUGUGACAACAGAGCAUGGGGGCUGCGUGAGCACCAGCGGAUACACACCGGAGAGAUACCCUUUGUGUGCGCUGAGUGUGACAAGUGUUUCACCCGGCUUGA